GCGGACAGCGGAUUGUUAUGUCAACCAUAUUUAAAGUUUUCUUUGUUAUAGUCAAUUACCUGAUUAACAAACCACUGAAUUUCAUUUCACAUCCCGACGCUGGCCUGCCCAUCUGUCGAAUUUUGUAAUAUUCAAGACGUAUCCAGCAACAUAAACGGGUGUAUUAAUUGGCGAUCACAGAAUAUCACUUGGACAGUACGCUCAUAGUACAACAAGUACAACAGUGGAUAAAAAUACAUUGAACAUGCAACUUCAUACUUAUAUUAUACAAAUUUUACGAAAUAUUCAUGUAAUAUAGAAUAAAUAUCCUGUUAAGGAAAUUAUCGUGUUGAGAAUGUCGAUCAUUAAUUUUUUGACAGUAUGCUAAUUGGUUUGAAAACCUUUCCAAAACAUUACUCAGGAUAUUGAUGAUGAUUCUUAACUACGAGUAAAUUGUCUAUCUUGUGUAUUAUAUAAAUGCUAAUCAAUGACGUAGAGAAAAAACAGCAUUAACAAUUAAGGAGUAUUAAACAUUUUCCAUCAUCUUUAUUGAUAAUUAACAAGGUAUACAAAAGGUAAAAAAGAGUAUUAAGAUUUAAAGCGGAAUGAAUUUAGCGGAUCUCAAGAUACUGUUUUUUUUGUAUUAUUUGUAAUGGGUUGAGUGUAUUUUCAUGAUAUUUAAUAUGUUAGGGACACGUGUACCAACAUACUAUACAAAAAUAACCUUACUUUUUUAAUACACCUCGUAUAUAGUAUAUAUAGUAUAUCUAACAAAAACUAACUAGAAUUGUAAUUCUAAUUGUAAACACUAAGGCACAGGUAGGUCAACUAUCUGCCGCUGUGGAGAUUCUUGACAUUCAUCCACAGUUGGCCUUUGAAAUAUGGCUAAGACCCACUAAUUUUUAAAGCUGAUUUAUAUUUCUCUCGCGUUCUUUCAAAGCAGCAAAAUCGUGCACCUGUCCUAAAAAAACGCAGAAACCAAGGUUCGAAAUUAUAUAACAUGGAACAUUAUAGAGGCUUCAACUCUAAAGGAGUUCAAAAUAAAGAUAAUUAAUUAUAUAAAGGUUAAUUAUCAAUAAUAUAGAUAAAAAUAGCGUAAUUGUAAUUCGUAUUGCAGCUUCAAUAUAAAAAAGACCAUGUAAAACCUGUUAAAGUCCUCCAAACGAUAGAGAGUCGACUGCUUUUUUUUUCGUUAUAUUCUUUGCUGGAAAAGUAGUAAUCUUAGUCACAAUUAAGUCCCCUAUAACAAAUUGAACCGUUAAAUCGCUCAUUUUGUUUAAUUCUGUUGUCUUCAAGCUUUUUAGCUGCCUCCCUUCCUAAUGAAGAAACGUCUAUGGUGUUCACUUCAUUAUCACUGACAUAUUUGUUAACCAUCUGCUCUUAAUAUGUAGCAACAAUUCACUAGAUGUUGUUUGCGUCUUACGAUGUUUUGUGCUGUUAAUGCCUUGUUGUUUGUUCUUACAUAUCGCUACCUAAUUUGGCACCCAUUGUUGCUAACGAGUCUAGCACUGUCUUGUUUUGCUCUUUCGACCUGUCCGUUUCCUCUCGUCAUGCCAACUGCCGUGGUGAAUACGUUUAUUCCUCUUUCUGCAGUAUAGUUACUAAAUUCUUGUGAUACAAUGCUUUUCCGGCGUCGGUUAUCAAACGCCUAGCAUUACCAAAUAUUCAAAUAAUUCUUCCAGUGUAGUUAUUACAUGUUUACUUGAUGUUUACUGCUGUUAAAAAGACCAAUUUUGUUAAAGCAUCUAUUAUUACCAAUACACCACAUUUUGUGGUGUGAAUCCAAGCUGCAGUAUAUAUUUUUUAAGAAAUCUGCGCAUCUUUGGGAACCAAUAUCUUUCUUUUAUACGCUCAAGCGUUUUAUCAAAAGCGAAGUGUCCUAUGCCAUCGUGGUUUGCUUUCACUAUUUGCCAUCUACACAUUUUUGCAUUUGUAUUCUGUUACGCGAUACAGUUUAUUCCCUCGUAGGUCAUAUUGUAUAAAAAUAUUUUUAUUUUCGUUGUCUCUUGACAAAAGAAUAUCCUUAAUUUCUUUUAUCGUUUUGUUUGAGCUUCACGUAAGUAGUCAUCUUCAAAAAUUGCUGAAACGUUUCGGACCUCCGGUUCAGUAUCAUGUGUAUUUUCACUUUUAAAAUGUCUGCUAAGCGCGUCUACGUGUUGUAAUUGUGACCCUGGUUUAUGUAAAAGAUCAAACGAUAAAUCUUGUAAAUAUAAAACCCAUAUUGCAAUUCUUGGAACUAUACUUUGCUUUGAAAGUGCAUUUUUGACAGAAUUACACACUGUGAUAACUGUGCAUUCUCUGCUUGCUAGAUAGUACCUGUAUCUAUCUAGUGUUUUCACGAUUGCUAGAAGUUCAAGUUCGAAUGAAUGAUAUUUUUUUCUUCGUUGGUUGUCUGUUUACCAUAGUACGCCACUGGUUUUUCUACUUUUUCAGAAAUUUGGGUAAUUAUUCCGGCAAAUCCCUCUCUGCUAGCAUCAGUAUAUGCUAUCGUUUUACAAUUUUGAUUAAAAAUUGCUAAUAUUGACUCUGAGGUAAGCAUACUUUUCAAGUCAUCCAUUAUUUUAGUUUCUUCUUGUGUCCAUAUCCAAGGGCAAUCCUUCUUUAAUAGUUUUGCUAGUCAGCAUAUGUACAAAACUCAACGAAAAAGAGCAUAGUAGCUCGAGACUAGAUAAUCCUUUCCGAUUAAAUUUUUCAAAAAGUUGACACUUGAGAGGCGCAUUACUAAAUAAGCAAUAUUGGGAGGACCUCCAAGAGAGAAUCAGAUCUUCCUUCCGAAAUAUUUACAUUUGUUGACAUCACUAACGAGUGCGUUUUCUCCUCAUUCAAUUUUAGGCGAUUCGCUGAAACUACCUAUUGGUAUAUUCCUUCGGGAACUGUGUUUCCCCUUUAAAUGUUUCUACAUUCGUGUUUGAUGUCUUAAAUAUAGAGUAAUCUGCAAAAUGGUAUAUCGUUUGGAGAACUCUACUACCAAUAUUUGUACAAAUUUGCUGCAUUCUUCGGUACCUACAGGACGAGUUCCUAGGGAAGUACGGUUACCCUCUCGAAAGGCACACGGUGGUAACGGAAGACGGGUACCUUUUGACCGCUCACCGAAUACCUCACGGCAAACAUUCCAACGGUACCAACAGAUACCCGGUACUUUGUAUUCACGGCACAGGCGGAGUUGGGGAGAUGUUUUUGUUCCCGGGAUACGGAAAGGGCAUAGGUUGGUACCUCGCCGAUAGGGACUUCGACAUUUGGCUGCUAAACACCCGGGGAAACUACCAUUCCCGGAAGCACCGGAAGUGGAACCCGGAUAAAGACCCAGAGUUUUGGAAUUUCAGCUGGCACGAAGUGGGUGUUUACGAUUUGCCAGCCGCCAUAGACCACAUCCUGACUGUUACCAAUAAAUCGAAACUGUUUUACGUGGGUCACUCGCAGGGGUCUACGGUAUAUUUGGUAUUGACGACCCAAAGGCCCGAAUACAACGAUAAAAUAGCGCUCGGCGUCAAUCUGGCUCCGUCCGCCUUCAUUGGAGACAAUAACUACUUGCUGAUGGAACUGGUCGGCAAGCAUAGGCUACUCUUCAAGUCUGUCAUGAAGGGCAUCGGUUUCCACGAAGUGCUGCCCUUUAAUCUAAACAGACUCGUGAGGACGCUGAUGAGAUUCGUGUGCUCCGAAAUCAACGUCUUCGUGGACGUUUGCAACAUCGUCUUCAAUUUUCCUGACAACACCCAUCAGGUGGAUCCCGCAACGUUUCAGUUGAUCUUCAGUUACGUACCUGCCGGGUGUUCCUUAAAACAGCUCAACCAUUACCUGCAGAUCGUGGAGUCUAAUAGCUUCGCAUUGUACGACUAUGGACGAAGAGAGAACAAAAAGUACUACGGACAAGUUAAACCCCCGAUUUACAAUUUGGAAAACAUCACCGCGCCGACUGCUUAUUUCUACGGAACUCACGACGUGAUAACGAAACCUGAGGGCAUUGCCAAACUUAUCUCGAAGACCAAGAACAUCGAAGUGUACAAAAUAGAGCAGGGCUUCAAUCACGUCGAUUUCCUGUUCUCAAAGAAUGUCAUCGAAAUCGUCAACAAGCCUCUGUACAGCAUGAUGAAGAAAUAUGUGGUUAACAUCGACUGACGUGUUAUAAGGCUUCUAAUAAACUCUGCUUGCUUCUACUUUGUUGUUCCUUCUAUUUUAAAGAUCCAGAAAAGGGUUUAGUCGACGUAUACAAGAAGAAGAAGAAGAAGAAGAAGAAGAAUCUUUAUUAACCACAUAUUGUACAAUUAAA